AUGGCACAGGAGAGCUCUGAGUUGAGAGAACUCUCACUCUCGCUAGAUGCGCAACGACUGGUGGCAGAACGGCUCUUUGGCAGCAGCCGGACUCACGACCUGCGACCCUACUUCAGGUACUACAGCAGGCAGUGCAACCAGAUGGCAUCGAUAGCCAUGACAUACGGCAAACCCUUCCCACUAGCCACGCACGCGCAGCUCCUCAGCAUCAUUGGAGACAUCCGCCGUCAUGUCCAGCAUGCAGAUAUCUUGAGACAGCUUACAGAGGAUUAUGGCACAGUGGCCUCGCCAGAAGUCCUACAGAACUCCAUCGAUCUUGCUUUACGACUUCUGCUCAUGCUUGACGUGGGCGUGUUUCACAACGUCUACACCGGACGAGGCCUGAUGACAUGGACGGCGGGUGCCGUUGAAGACUUCAUUAGCACCGUACCCCUUUUCCUCGGCCAACCAGAAAUACCUUGCGACGGCGUAAAGCUCGAGAGCAGCUUCAACGUCCGGAACAUUGAGCAAAUAGCCGGAUUCGAUGUCCAAUUGACGACGAAUCUGGCCGAUCACCUCCUGCUUCGGGAAGACCUCAAGGUCGUCACCAUCUACCACCAUGCAGCUUUCCUGCAGUAUCACAAGGAGCUCAACGCGGUCUUUCCAGCUGGGUUCGUUGAGGAGACGUUGCAGACGUUGCAGACGAUAGCUCUCUUGUUCCCAAAGGGCGUCAAAGAGGUUGAACGGUGGUACAGGAGGAAGCACGACGUUGAAGAACUCGAUUUUGCCUCACUGAAAUUGGGUCCAGCGGUCAGGCAGGCCUCGAACCUUGGUGCAAUGGUGGCAUGA